CCAGGUUACUCUACUACCAGCGGUUCCGGCGGCACCGAGCUUGGUAAUCGGGCAUUCUUUUUCGAUUCGUAGUCCCUUCCGUCUCGUCUUGACUUUGGUUUUCGGUCAUUAAAAUUGGGCAGCUGCAUGUGUAGCAACUUAAUGGUCGGGUAGCUCGACUGCACUGCUCGGCCGUCCAUCUUGAUCGUUCUUGGUGGGGUUGCUUGGUCGCCCCUCAAUCUGGUCCCCGUUACCAGAACACGCAGCCUUUAAUACCGGCGGCAGACGUCCACCAUCCGCCCUCCUUUUCUUUCCACCAUACCCGCCAGUACACCCGCUCACCAUCUUCGUAACUCGGCCCAGCACCAACGUACCUCCCAAUCCCCUCAAGCCUGUUCAUAAAAUGUCGGGACUUCCGCCUGUCUACAUCGCGGCCGUCGCCAGGACCCCAGUGGGUUCAUUCCUGGGCUCCCUGUCCAGCUUGAACGCCAUCCAGCUGGGCUCCCAUGCCAUCAAGGCCGCCGUUGAACGCGUGCCGGAGAUCAAGCCUGAGGAUGUUGAAGAGGUCUUCUUCGGAAACGUACUAUCUGCCAAUGUCGGCCAGGCACCCGCCCGCCAGUGCGCCAUCAACGCCGGCCUGUCCCAGGGUGUCGUAUGCACCACGGUCAACAAGGUGUGCGCCUCGGGCCUCAAGGCCAUAAUCCUCGGAGCCCAGACCAUCAUGACGGGCAACGCCUCCAUCGUCGUCGCCGGUGGCACCGAGUCCAUGUCCAACACCCCACACUACCUGCUCAACUCGAGGUCCGGGACCAAAUACGGGGACCAGACCCUGGUUGAUGGUAUCCAGAAGGAUGGUCUUCGCGACGCCUACGGCAAGCAGGACCUCAUGGGUAUCCAGGCUGAGCUCUGCAGCUCUGACCAUGGCUUCUCCCGCGAGGACCAGGACGACUACGCCAUCAAGACCUACCAGAAGGCACAGGCCGCUACCGAGGCCGGCGUCUUUGCUUCUGAGAUUGCUCCCAUCGAGGUCAGCGGCGGCCGUGGCAAGCCUCCGGUUCGCGUCGAGCGGGAUGAGGAGGUGAAGAACCUGAACAUUGACAGGCUGCGGGCCGCCCGGCCCGUCUUCAUCCCCAGCGGAGGCACCGUCACUGCAGCAAACGCCUCACCGAUCAACGAUGGCGCCUCUGCCGUCGUCCUUGUAUCGGAGGCGAAGCUCAAGGAGCUCGGCAUCAAGCCGCUGGCCAAGAUCUUGGGCUGGGGCGACGCUGCACGCGAGCCCGAGCGCUUUACCACUGCACCCGCUCUGGCGAUUCCCAAGGCUAUCAAGCACGCCGGACUCGAGCAGAGCGCUGUGGACUUUUACGAGAUCAAUGAGGCCUUCUCCGUCGUUGCGCUCGCAAACAUAAAACUCCUCGGUCUGGACCCAGAGACGGUCAACGUCUUCGGCGGCUCGGUUGCCAUUGGACACCCGCUGGGCUGCUCGGGCGCUCGCAUUGUCACCACCCUCACCACGGUGCUGCGGGAGAAGAAGGCCAAGAUUGGCUGCGCCGGUAUCUGCAACGGCGGCGGCGGCGCCUCUGCCAUUGUCAUCGAGAACCUGCAAUAAACGGGUGAUAAGGAGAUAGAAGUAGGGUUCAAAGGCAGAUAUCUACUCUCGGUCGGUUGACGUCAACCAAUGCCACCCGCUAUCAGGGUUGGGCGCUAAACAGCGACAAUGAACGGCAAGGCCGCGGGCUUUACGGGCCUAACAUCAUAAUAUCAAAGUAUAUACAACGACCUACAAGAGGACUUGACACGGUCUCUACUCGCCCAUGCAGCUACGAUGAGGGAUGGAGACCAUAUAUAAUAGGGGGCGCUUGGGGACUUAGCUUGUGCUGAGAGCCAAUAUAUCUGGGCGUAAUGUUGGGCGACAGGUCCCAGUUAAUACAGGAGGACGGGCGAGUAUUCACUUUCAGCUUCAUGUGUUGUAAAUGUUUGGUUAUGAAUCCGAUUCCGUGAGAUCUAAACGCUAAAA